CUUCCGCAUGCUCUGGUGAUUUGGCAACGGUGUGAUAGCCGGCAGAGUAUUUGCACACGGGUCAGUAUGUUUUGUUUAAAUAAGACGGGUCCGCAACAGCCCCUGCGCAUCGUACCUGGUCUCGACAAUGAACCUCCCGACGGUACUCAUCUUUGUAUGCCCAUGCAUCCUCGUCCUAGUGCGGGCAGCACGCCGUCGUCGAGCGCGGCUACCCUACCCUCCAGGACCUCCCGCGGACCCCCUCAUUGGACACCUGAGGAUCCUACCUGACAAUAGCGUCGGCGCGGAAGUCUUCCACGGUUGGGCUAAAAAGUACGGCGACGUCAUGUCGCUGAACAUUCUUGGGCAACGUCUGGUCAUACUCAGCAGCGAGGAGGCAGCCGCGGAUCUGCUCGACAAGCGCAGCGCGAACUAUUCCGAUCGUCCAAGCUUUCCCAUUUAUGAAAGAAUCGGGUGGAAAGAUUCGCUUGUGUUCUUGCAGUACGGCCAGUACUUCAAGAAAAUGCGCAAGAUGCUCCAGGCCCCGUUGGAAAAGGACGGGGUGUUCGCGUUCAGACCCAUCGAGGAGCAAGAAUCCUGCGUUAUGCUGUACAAUUUUCUCAAUAACCCUGCGGGAAUGGAUCGCCAUGUUCACCGUUAUGCGACUGCAAUCUCGAUGGAGAUUGCGUAUGGCCAUCGCGUGCUUUCGGACGACGACGAGUAUUUCAAGGCUGCCGAGACCUUCCGUCACAUGUUGGAAGAAGGAGGCCGGCCGUCGCUGCUUAACCUGUCUCCCAUAUUCGAGAAGCUGCCUGCGUGGUUCCCAGGCGCCUGGUUCGUAAAAUACAUACGGGAGGCGAAGCCCGUGGCUUUGCAUGAUAUACAGAAGCCGGUGUCAGAUGUACAACAGCAAUUGGUUGCUGGUACUGCCAAGCAGUCUUUUGUGUCUCAGCACCUGGAAGAUCUUACGAGGGAAGGUCGACUUACGCCGGAGACCCUGUAUGACCUGAGCAUGGUGGCGCAACAGAUAUUCGGAGGCGGGUCGGAGACAAGCUGGCACACUAUCACGACAUUCCUCGCAUGUAUGCUCAUGAACCCCGAUAUCCAACGCAAAGCCCAAGAAGAGAUCGACAGAGUGGUCGGAAACGGCCGUCUCCCCGAUUUCACCGACCGAGAUCUACUUCCGUACGUUGAAUGCGUUGUCAAGGAGACUAUGAGGUGGCACCCAGUGGCCCCUCUCAGUGCACCUCAUAGAGCGACAGAAGACGACGAAUACCAUGGUAUGUACAUCCCAAAGGGCGCCCUUAUCAUCUCCAACUCCAGGAGCAUCACCUGGGAUGAGCGCAAGUUCCAUGACCCGCUCUCUUUCAAGCCAGAACGGUUCCUACCGAAGCCCGAAGGUGCAGGAGAGGUGCUGCCGCAGGGCGGCGUCUUUGGUUGGGGUCGACGCAUCUGCCCUGGCCGCUACCUGGCGGACAACAUGGUGUGGAUUGCAAUAGUCCGCAUCCUGGCGGUGUUCGACGUCGGGAAAGCUAGGGAUGCCGACGGAAACGUUGUUGAGCCUUCCAUCGAAUUUACCACUGUGGUUACAAGCCAUCCCAAGCCUUUCGCAUGCGACCUGCGGCCACGCUCGGAAGAGGCUGCAGAGCUCAUCAGACAAGCAUAUGACAUGCACAUGGCUGACGUCGCGAUCUAGCAGAUUAUGCAGCCGAUUGUACGGCACAGGCCGGCGUCCAUGCCUUGUGCGUAUCAAGGCCCGGCCGUACUGACCUUGGCCACAGGUUCACAGCACUUGGUGCAUCUGCUUCUUGCAUUACUCCCCCACUCAUUCGUUGCCUCUCCGGUUAAUUUUGCUUACUAUCGUAGUACGUUCAUCGAAUGUGCCACAAGCCAUGUCGUUCCUGUUC